GAUGCAGCAUGAAUGAAUGAAAGACUGGUUACCAAACUCGUUUUGCGUCAUGAUCCUCCACGCAUCUAUGAGAUUGUUCGCACGAUUAUAAAAUAAACUGUGGUAGGCGUCAGUCUCUCUUACUCCUAAUGCCUGCGCUGCGGUCGGCGGUCAUCGUCCAAUAGAAAUCUUCGCGAGGCAUCUCCCGCGUGAAAUUUAGCCGGUGAGUUACGAGAAUUUUGGAUAAACAAAUCCCCACAUCUGGGCCCUUGGAUAACCUUUUUGUAACAAUAUCCAGACGAUUCUUUCGCUCAUCGUUGGCAGAAGAUCCAAACAAAAUGGAGACCAGUACAAGCUUAUUUACGGACAUGGCAGGAGUGACGGGCAUGACGACUGGGGCGCCCUCUGUGAGCAAUGGUGAUGUUCUAUGGAUGCUGAUCAGCGGCUUCAUCAUGUCAUUCAUGCUUGCCUGUGGGUUAGGAGCCAACGAUGUUGCAAAUUCUUUUGCUACAUCAGUUGGUGCGAAGGUUCUCACUCUACCGUGGGCGUGUAUUCUAGCCUCUAUCUUUGAGACGGCCGGAGCUGUUUUGCUCGGCGCGAAGGUCUCGGAUACCAUAAGGAAAGGCAUCUUUGAUGUCAGCCUUUAUGAAGGCCAGGAAGAAGUCUUGAUGCUUGGGCAAGUUUGUGCUCUUGGAGGAGCAUGUAUCUGGUUGCUACUAGCCACUUGGCUGAAGAUGCCGGUCUCUGGAACGCACAGUAUAGUAGGAGCUAUGUUGGGAUUUCAUCUCGUUGUCUUUCAGUUUGAAGGCAUUGCUUGGAGACAAUUCGGUUUCAUUGUUGGAUCUUGGUUCCUUUCACCUGUGAUGUCGGGCCUGGUUUCAUGUGUAGUAUUUGUCAUUUACAAGAAGAUCGUCAUCAAUAAGGAUAAUCCACUAGAGCCAGGUCUACGUGUCCUUCCAUUCUUCUAUGCUUUGGUUCUUGUUAUUAACUGUAUCUCAAUCUUCAUCGAUGGUCCAGAAAUGCUUUAUCUUCAUGUUAUCCCAGUCUGGGGUGUAAUGAUCCUUAGUUUUGGGGUUGGUAUCGUCACCGGUCUCAUCGUCUUCUUCGUCUUCGUACCAAGGUGGAGAAAAGAACUGCAAGUUUUAUCCGAGACAUCCAGUUAUGAUGAUGAUCUACAGGAAGUCAAAUUGGACACCGAUGUCAAAAUUCCCCUGUCUGAUGAAGGUAUCGAUGUUGAUAUAGUGGACGGGAAGAUGAAGGAAGAGAAUGGUACGGAGCCCUCUCCUGUUGAACAAGAUAGCAUGUUAAGUUCAGGUGUGUCGUCGAUGAACAGCUCUCCCGACCCCAAGCACUGCACCCGCUUUGGUAAGCUGAAUACUGGUAAAUGGAAACAGCUGAUAAACAGGGAUUCCAUCAAAGGAAGAGAGAGCAAGAAAGAAUCUGAAGCCUGGAAGAACAUCAAAGACCAUCCUGUAGUCGCCAAGUUAUGUACUCCACUUCAGAUUUUAUCAGCCGUCUUCGCUUCAUUUGCCCAUGGUGGCAAUGACGUGAGUAAUGCCAUCGGUCCACUGGUAGCACUGUGGGCUAUCUAUUCAAAUGGUAACGUGGAACAAAAGUCUGGAACUCCAGUCUGGAUCCUUGUCUAUGGAGGUGCAGGGAUAACCAUUGGUCUAUGGUUGUUGGGACGGAGGGUCAUUGAGACAGUAGGAUCUAACCUUACGCCAAUGACACCAUCAAGUGGUUUCAGUAUAGAACUAGGAGCCGCCGCUACCGUUCUUCUAGCGUCUAACAUUGGUAUACCAGUCAGUACAACGCAUUGUAAGGUUGGAUCAGUAGUGGCUAUAGGUAAAGUGAGAGCCGCAGCAACGGUAGAAUGGCGUCUGUUUGCUAACAUCAUCGUAGCAUGGAUUGUGACUGUUCCAGCCACUGCUGGACUAAGUGCUGCUCUUAUGGCUGGCCUACUAAGAGUCUUAUAAUGAUGGGUCCCUGAAGUGGUCUAUAUAUGGACCUCUAUAUAGCAACUUGGACCUACUGGUGGGUCUUUAUUGAUGGAACUGGUUUAUAUCUAGAGCUCUUUAUCCAGACUCUGGCCUACUUUAAUAGAGACUUCUGAUGACACAUUAUUAAUAGGUCCAAUAACUGGAGUGUCUCCCAAGUUCUAGACCCUAUUAUGGUCUAAAUCUUACCAAUGCUGGACCUGGUAAUAUUCCUGUGCUGAUUUACUCAUGAGCAGACAUUGGAUUUCUCUGGGCAGACAACGGAAUCAAGUCUGGUUUUGUGGUUCUACGACGUGGUUUGGAAUUGUGUAUCUGAUUCAAAGACUUGGUCCUGCCCUUCUAACCUCCUUGUGUCACAUCGCAUCUCUGGACUUGAUGAAUCCAAAAACGGGCUCGCGUAACUCAGAUGAUAGACCUGAUACCAAAUCUGCUUCGGUGCUAAGUAUACUUGUAUGGAUGGCAUAUUAGUAUACACUGAAUCUACACAAGUCCAAUCUCCAUGGACCGCAUUAAUCUGUUGAAUUCCAGGCGGAAUUCUACUUGGGGGUGUUUAACAAAGAUGGUGUGACCUAGAGUCCAGCAUAAAUGCCAAUGUGCACAUUUUAUUUAAAACAUAAUCUAAUUGAUGGAUAUGCGGUGUUGCGUUAUAUACCUUACGCAACUGAAAUUUAAGUGCGACUUUAAAAAAAAGUCAGGCUUAAAUCUUUGUGAAACACUCCCCUGGAAGACAUCAAUAAUUCAUACUUUGCAUGUUGUAGUCUGGAAAUGAAAUGCUUCUACUGUGCUAAUUGUGGAACAACUAGAAGGCUGGAUAAGGCAGACUUCUUCAAAGCACAUGUUGUUUCUUGCAUGUUGGUGUAGCCCCAUAUACUGUUAAUUGUGUCAUGGAGUAUUUCUCCUCUAGCUUCAAGGCUGUGUGUGCAACAGUACACAACGAGCUCUAUCCAGGGUUUUAUAUCGAUGGUCUGCAUCUCCCUUUUGUCAAAUGGGACAAUGAAUGCAUAUUAAGAGAAUAAUUUACAACAUUAUUUAUUUUUGAGCUGUGCUGAAAUUACUUGAUAACCAAGCAAACCUCAAGUUUCAUGUACAUUAUGGGUGACUGAAAGUGACUUGGAAGUGUGGUGUAAAUUUGUACAAAUUUAGCUUGAUUUGAAUGUUAAAGUUAUUACAGAGUAUCCCUUUUGAAUGUUGGCCAUUGUAUCAUUUGUGGCUUUUGAUUAUUGGCUUCGACAACAGUUGUUCUUGUCUGUAUGUUGGGUGCAUCGAGGACCUUGGCCCUCAGAGCUUUGUGAUUGUUGAUACAAUUGCUUUUGAUGGUUUUUGUUCUGCCACCAAUCACAAGGUUUUGUGUUAUGAGUGCCUGGCCAUGCAGGUUGGGGAAAGGGUCAGCAUAGUUAGUGUCAUCUAGGGGGUGUUUCACAAGGGUUUGAAUGUGACUUUUAGAGUAAGAGUUGCACUUAAAUCCCCACUUUCAUGUAGUGUGAAAGGCAUCACCGAAAUGGUCAAAACAUGCUCAAGGGGAUUAGCACUCCUGCAUAUUAAAUCAAUAAGAUUGCAGUUAUACAUGUGUGUGUCCGCGUUUAGUCACACUCAACUAGUAAAACACCCCCAGUGCAUUGUCACAUGGAGCUUAAUAGCAAUUGAUCUAACGUCGAUUGUACAUGUGGUCAGUCCAUGCAUCAAUUGUUAGGCUUUGUGCGAGCUGGCCUCGGGCACCAUUCAAGAAGGUAAAUAGCGCAGACAUGUUGGUCAUCCUUGGCUGUUGCCAUAGUAACAUUCAGAAACCAGGACGAUAUUUCAUAAAGCUGUUUGUGAGUUCAGAGCGGCUUUACAAAGAACUGCUGAUCCUUUCUUGUAGCAAAUGACACAACAAAUUUUCAUUGGUGUUGGUUUUAUAGUUCCUAGGAAAGGGUCACCGGUUGCUCAUAAAGCCGCUCUGAACUUAACCAACAGCCUUUAUGAAACACCCACCAGUAUUUCUCUGCCAAUCAUAUUCAAGCAUUUUGGUGAAUUUGACGAGCUGACGAUUUAAUUCAAAACUGUCUUAGGAAGCAUUUCAGAAAGAGUCAAGUCAGACUAAAAAUCGCACUAGUACUAGUAUGUUUGGUUGCAUGUGGUAUACAAUGCAUCACCGCAUUGGUCAGAGGACACGCCCUACAACCAUACGGAUUAUGUGCUAAAUAUGUGUGUGUUUGCUAUUUUUGUGAAACGCACCCUUGCCUGAACAUGUUCCUUUACCUAAACCUCGACCAAAUUCACCAGUUACUGUGAUUUGUAUGUUUGUGUUUGUUCUGUCUCCUAUAUUUUCUUUGACUGUCUUUGAAAGACUACUAUUUAGUGUAGAAAAGUUGCAUUUGUAUCAAAUGAAUUAAAUAUCUUUUGAAAGAUAUAUAACUUCAACAAUGUCUUAAAUGAAUAGAGGAGAAGUACAAAAUAAACCUAACAUUUGUCUAUUCUACAGAACUGCCAACUAGUUCUGUUGAGUAGAAUUUCUACAACUGUUAAACAAGGAUGCCAUUUUUCAGACUAUAUGAAUGCGGACCUUUUCAACAUAUUUUCAGCCAUGGAAAAAAGCAUUUUUAUGUAGGAAAAAGGUAAUUCCUAGAUGAUUUUUAGAUUCUUUUUAUCAAUUUUUAGUGUCAUCUCCGGUUACCUAAAUUGCUAUUUAUGUAAACUUGUUCUGAAAUGAUAGAUUUGUAACCUUUGUACAGUGUUGCCCAAAUCAUGGGCUUCAACAUUGCUUAUGUCCUGUUUUAUUGGGCCGACUACGCCAAAAUUGUGUUCUUUUGUAGAUCGCAUCACCUUUAAUCUUCAAAUGGUUAGUAGCCGUCUCUACUCGCGUGUAAAUCAAUCUUUAGUUUGUGUGUGUUAAUGGAUUCUGAAUAUAAACCAAGAUAUACCUCGCUCAGCUGAG